GAAUGAAAAAAAUAACAUCCUGAAAAAGUGAAACACUUGUCCUUUGGAUUCAGCGUAGACACCAUGCCAGUUCUGUUAACAGCAGCAGGAUUGCAUGAAAUAUUGGCUCUUCUGACAGCACAGCUACGGCCAGAUGCCAACCUCACAGCAGAAAUCGGUUUCUUGACAGAAGUCUUCAGCGAACAUAGUUUCAAUUCACUCAUGAAGAUUCAUCAGAAACUGCAGCAGUUUGUUAGACAAGGACCAACUCCUGCGCUACAUAGCGCAGCAGCUUUAGCUGAGGAUAUAUCAGAAGAGCUGCAGAGUGUACAGAACAACAAUGACAUGAGAGAACUAAUGCAGUUAUUGGCCAAGCCACACCUCCAGGCUGUGCUAUCAGCUCACGACACAGUAGCUCGCAAGGCCUUUGAUCCUGUGCUACCACCUAUGCCAGAUGACCUUGAAGUUGAGGAGGAGGAGGAAUCUAUGAAGAUUGUCCGCCUUGUGAAAAAUAAAGAGCCAUUGGGAGCGACCAUCAGGAUGGAUGAACAAACAGGCGCCGUUGUUGUUGCACGGAUCAUGCGCGGUGGGGCCGCAGACCGCAGCGGUUUAGUUCAUGUUGGAGAUGAACUGAGAGAGGUCAAUGAAAUCCCAGUUGAGCACAAGACGCCUGAAGAAAUCAGUCAGAUUCUGGCCCAGUGUCAGGGUUCAAUAACAUUAAAGCUAAUUCCAGCUGUCAAGGAAGAGGACCAGCUUAAUGAAACUAAGAAAGCUUUACACAAGGCUCCACGUCGACGAUUAAGGGCUAAGGUACAUGUGAGAGCCUUAUUUGACUAUGACCCAAGUGAGGAUAAAGCGAUUCCCUGCAAAGAAGCAGGGUUACCUUUCAGGAAAGGGGAUGUCCUUCAGGUUGUGAGCCAGGACGACUCUGUGUGGUGGCAAGCAAAGCGUGUGGGAGAUGCAAACCUGCGAGCGGGCCUUAUUCCAUCAAAAAAGUUUCAAGAGAAACGACUUGCCUACAGGCAAAAAAAAACUAAUUUGGAACAAGAGAAGCGCAGUAAAAGAUCAUCCUAUGACCAAAGUUGUGAGAAAGAUGACUGUGACUGUGAUGGGUAUUUGAAUGGGCUGUACAUAGCUGGUUUACGGAGAAGUUUUCGGCUCAGUAGGAAAGACCGACAUGCAAACCAAAAUGAAGAGAAACAGACUGAGCAGAAGGAUGUAGAAUAUCUUACUUAUGAAGAAGUGGUUGCCUACCACCGUCGUCCCAAUGAUGUGCACAGGCUGGUGGUACUUGUUGGUUCUAUAGGAGCAAAGGUUAAUGAGAUAAGACAAAGAAUUGUAGCAGAGAAUCCUAAUCGCUAUAAUGUGGCAGUUCCUUCAACAACAAGGCAAAAGAAAGUCCAUGAGAGGCAAGGACUGGAAUAUCAUUUCGUCAGUAAACUUUCAUUUGAAGCAGAUAUUCAGAAGAACAGGUUUGUCGAACAUGGAGAAUACAAAGACAAUCUGUAUGGAAUAAACGUAGAUUCCAUUCGUACAAUAAUGCUAAAAAAAAAGAUUUGCAUAUUGGAUGCAAAUCCAGAAACGAUCAAAAACCUCAGAACAGCAGAGUUUAAACCAUAUGUGAUAUUUGUCAAACCAUUCCUUCAAGAACCAAAGGCAAACACGUCAACAGCUGAAACAUCAGGAAGUAACAAUGUUAAAGAACUAGGUGAAGACAAGUAUCAGGAAAUGGUCCAGUCAGCAGCUUAUAUUGAAGAGCAUUAUGGUCAUCUCAUCGAUAAAGUCCUGGUGAAGGGUGACCUUCAGACCACAUGCAGUGAAUUGAAGACAAUUCUGGAGAGUAUAGAAAGGGAUACGUUCUGGGUACCUGCUAGCUGGGUCCGUUCGUAG